AUGAAUUCGUUUAACAUAGCCUCCACAAGCUCACCUCCUCCUGUUGCUAAUCUUCUCCCGGCGAAGCGAAAGAGAGGCCGUCCACGUAAAGAUGCAACCAUGACCCAACAAGAAAGAUCUCAAGGGACUCCAAAAGAGGACGUUAAUCUGGUUGGUAAGACAGUUUCUGGUGUGGUCGAAGGAUCUUUCGAAGCGGGUUUCAUCAUUAAUGUCAAGGUGAAUGACAGUGACACGAGAUUAAGAGGUCUUGUGUUCGCGCCGGGAAAAGUCGUUCCGGUUACUCCUGAAAACGAUGUGGCUCCUCAUGUCAAAAUGAUCGUAAGAGAAGAGAACAAGAACCAGACUGAUAAUCAUCGUGAUCAAUCUUGUCCUCCUAAUGAUCAGACAAUGAAAGAUGCUGUCGCUGACUCGACCUUGUUUGAAUGUGCACGGGCUUUGAUUCUGUUGCCACAUGGAAUAACAGAAGAAGAUGCCAAGGAGGUAAUGGAAGAAAGAGAAGCUGCUACUAGUUUGGUAGAGUUUUUUCAAACUCCAGAGACAACCAUAGGGACUGCUCAACAGAAUCAUGUCUUGGCACGGAAAGAGAGGUUCGAUCUUAUGGCGGAGGAAUUGGUUCACCCGGUAGAGGAAGUACCACAGGAGCUUCAGCUAUCACUUGGAAACAAGACAAUAUUGCGGGGAGACAACACCAAAAACGGCAUCGCAAUGGAGAUAGAUCCUAAAACCUCUGUGUCUAGGAAUGGCUUCAUAGCGAAACUGUUUAAAGGAAAAGAAAAGGUCGACUACUAG